AUGUCCAACAGCAGCUCCAUCACCCAGUUCCUCCUCCUGGAUUUUGCAAAUACACCGCACCGGCAGCUCCUGCACUUCUGGCUCUUCCUGGGCAUCUACCUGGCUGCCCUCCUGGGCAACGGCCUCAUCAUCAUCGCUGUAGCUUGUGACCACCGCCUCCACACGCCCAUGUACUUCUUCCUCCUCAACCUCUCCAUCCUCGACCUGGGCUCCAUCUCUACCACUCUCCCCAAAGCCAUGGACAAUUCUCUCUGGGACACCAGGACCAUUUCCUACUAUGGAUGUGCUGCCCAGGUCUUUUUCUUUCUCUUUUUGAUGUCGGCAGAAUUUUCUCUUCUCACCGUCAUGGCCUAUGACCGCUACGUUGCCAUCUGCAAACCCCUCUACUAUGGGACCCUGCUGGGCAGCAGAGCUUGUGCCCACAUGGCAGCAGCUGCCUGGGGCAGUGGGUUCCUCUAUGCCUUAAUGCACACUGCCAACACAUUUUCACUACCCUUCUGCCAAGGCAAUGCCAUAGACCAGUUCUUCUGCGAACUGCCCCAGAUCCUCAAGCUCUCCUGCUCAGACUCCUACCUCAGGGAAGUCGGGCUUCUUGCGGUUUGCAUCUCUCUUGCUUUUGGGUGUUUUGUUUUCAUUGUCCUGUCCUAUGUGCAGAUCUUCAGGGCUGUGGUGAGGGUCCCUGCUGAGCAGGGAUGGCACAAAGCCUUUUCCACGUGCGUCCCUCACCUGGCCGUGGUCUCCCUGGUUAUCAGCACUGGCAUGUUUGUCUACCUGAAGCCCCCCUCAAUCUCCUCACCAGUUCUGGAUCUGGCAGUGGCUGUUCUGUACUCAGUGGGGCCCCCAGCAGUGAACCCCCUCAUCUACAGCAUGAGGAACCAGGAGCUCAAGGAUUCCCUCAGGAAACUGAUUCAAUCACUUGUCCUUCAGCAGCAAUAA